GCAUGCGCUCACAGGCUGCCACAACAAUCCAUGUGUUGUCUGGCUAGUGGCUACUGUAACAUGUAGAAAUAGAUAAAUUAUUGUCCUGAAGUUGCAUCAUUUAGAUUAAAACAGGCGACUAUAAUUGUCACUAUCUUAAUGCAGUUACCUGGAUACUUGAAGAUGGAUGGAGGACAAACUUCAAAAGUCAACAUUCAAUUGGAGCGAUUUGUUGUACUUGCCAAAAAGGCUAAAGGUCCUGCUCUAGUUGUCCUCAUAAAACAGCUUUUAGAUGCACCUGGAGUUUACGUAUUUGGGGAAUUCUUGGAUCUCCCUUGUGUGCAAAAGUUAUCUGCAGGCUCCAGUAAAGGCUACUGUGAGCUUUUGAACGUGUUUGCUUAUGGUACCUUCAAAGACUACAAAGAAAAGAAGAAUGAUCUACCACCUUUGACUGAAGUUCAGAAGAACAAACUGAGACACUUGACAAUAGUCAGCUUAGCUGCUAAAAUGAAGUGUAUCCCAUACUCGUUGCUGCUGGCGGAAUUGGAGCUGGCCAGUGUGAGGCAGCUGGAGGACCUGAUCAUCGAGGCGCUGUACGCCGACGUGAUCUGGGGCAAGCUGGACCGGUGCAGGCAGCAGCUGGAGGUGGACUCCUGCCUGGGCCGCGACAUCCAGCCUACGGACCCCGGACGCCUGGUGUCCACCCUGCAGCAGUGGUGUAGCAGCUGUGAGAAGGUCCUGGACGCCAUUGAGCUGCAGCUGGACCGGGUUGGUCAGUUUGUGGACCAACGGACGAUGACACAGCAGCAGGUGGAGGAGGAGGCCAGACGCAUCCAGAAGGUGCUGGCAUCCACCCCUGCUGCUGCAGAAGCUCCCUGAUGCCUGGACAGAGGCCACACAUCUCACCUGCUGCCACCUGCCAGCCAGUCCUAUGCCUCCAACAUCCAAGUGCAAACAUUAGAGGUGAAGUUCAUGGACAUUUUCCGUUAUUUUACAGUCCUGAUCUGUAACUCCUUAAGAGUUCAUGUAAAAGCAGGACCACUCUAAAGUCACUCGUUCCUGUUUGAUUGUGGGCGAGGAACAGCUGUGUUCUUUAUUUCGUUCAGUGAAUGAAAGAGCCAAAGUUCAUACAGCUCUUCUUAUUAAGGAAAAAAAAUAUUAUUUUAUUUUAUUCUUUU